GAGUGUGGGUAGGGAUUUGGGGCUGUGUACACAUGAGCAGGGCUGAAGUGGGAGGACAUCGGAGUAGUGACAUGAGGAGUGUUUUGCCAAACUUGCAACUGGAGUUACCCCAAAAGUGGCGGCAAGGGAGUUCCCCACACUAUCCUCAGAGGCAGAAGAGGCCUGGACCUUGGUGCACACAGACCCAGGAACAGAUGAGCAGGGACGUCUGCAUCCACACCUGGCCGUGCACCUACUACCUGGAGCCCAAGAGGCGAUGGGUUACUGGACAACUGUCCUUAACAUCGCUGUCGCUCAGGUUCAUGACUGACAGCACUGGAGAGAUUCUGGUCAGCUUCCCCCUCUCCAGCAUAGUUGAGAUCAAGAAGGAGGCUUCACAUUUUAUCUUCAGCUCCAUCACCAUCCUGGAGAAGGGCCAUGCCAAGCACUGGUUCAGCUCCCUGCGGCCAAGUCGAAACGUGGUCUUCAGCAUCAUCGAGCAUUUCUGGAGGGAGCUGCUGCUGUCUCAGCCUGGAGCCGUGGCAGACACAUCUGUCCCAAGGACCCGGGGCGAGGAGCUGACGGGACUCAUGGCUGGAUCCCAGAAACGCCUGGAGGACACGGCAAGGGUCCUGCACCACCAGGGCCAGCAGCUGGACAGCGUCAUGAGAGGCCUGGACAAGAUGGAGUCAGACCUGGAGGUGGCGGACAGAUUGCUGACAGAACUGGAAUCUCCUGCUUGGUGGCCCUUUAGCUCCAAGCUUUGGAAGACACCACCGGAAACAAAGCCCAGGGAAGAUGUCUCCAUGACCAGUUGUGAACCCUUUGGGAAAGAAGGGAUACUGAUAAAAAUUCCUGCCGUUAUUUCCCACAGAACAGAGUCUCACGUUAAACCAGGGAGGCUCACCGUCCUUGUGUCUGGGUUGGAAAUACAUGACUCCAGUUCUUUGCUCAUGCACAGGUUUGAAAGAGAAGAUGUGGAUGACAUCAAGGUCCACUCACCUUAUGAAAUUAGCAUCCGCCAGCGGUUUAUUGGAAAGCCAGACAUGGCCUAUCGUUUGAUAUCUGCCAAGAUGCCAGAGGUUAUCCCCAUUUUAGAAGUGCAGUUCAGCAAGAAGAUGGAGCUGUUAGAAGAUGCAUUGGUGCUCAGAAGUGCAAGAACCUCUUCCCCCGCAGAGAAGAGCUGCUCAAUCUGGCAUGCAGCAUCUGGGCUGAUGGGCCGUACCCUGCACUGUGAGCCACCCGCAGGAGACCAGGAGGGCACAGCACUGCACCUGCAGACAAGCCUGCCAGCCCUUUCCGAGGCAGAUACCCAGGAACUAACCCAGAUCCUGAGGAGGAUGAAGGGGCUGGCCCUGGAGGCCGAGAGUGAGCUGGAGAGACAAGAUGAAGCCCUGGAUGGUGUCGCAGCAGCUGUGGACAGGGCAACCUUGACCAUCGACAAGCACAACAGGCGGAUGAAGAGGCUGACCUAGGGGCAGAGCGUCCCUGCAUUCCUGUCUCGCCCUGCACAUCCCACUGAGAUGGAGGGCUGGGCGGCAGUGCCAGGGCUGCAGAGGCCUGUGGCCCUCCGGAGUGGUCUUCCUCUGGAUAGGGCUGCUACUGUGGGGCUGCUUCUGCACCAGGGGCCUCCCCAGGUGUGCACCAUGCCUGCCCCCCACUUGGCUGUCCCUGCUGCUGGGCAGGACCCGGCCACAUGUUCUGCAGAUGCUGCAGAAGUGUGGACCAUGGCGGGACCCCAAGGACACUUGGCACGACCCCAAGGACACUUGGCACAGGCCUGGAAGAGGCCGCCCUCGUCUUGUCUCGGCUCCCUUUCAUGGACAGACUGGCGUUCUUAGCUGUACUAUAAAUUUGUGAGUGAAGUUAGAGCCCAGCUCACUUAGCCAGCUCACUUUGAGGGCAUCCUAUAAACACCCAACUGUUCUUUUAUCGUCUCGGUUUUAGGCAAAAGUGAAAUUAGCAUGACUGCAUCUUUCAAACAAAAAUAUUGAUUUCUGCUUUUAUGGCCCCGUUUCCAUCCAGAAAUAAAGGGAAAUGCUGGCUUCA